AUGCGGUGGAAAACCGCUUUCAUAGCGUUGUCUCACAUCGCACACCUCGCUUUUGCCUCGCCGUACCGAGACGAGUUGGCCGACUACAAUAUAAAUAUCAACAAGGAUGCUCAAUCGCCUCUCGAGUACAAGGCGGAACGGCCAAAUUCCACAUACACUCCUUCACCAGAAAACUGGCGGUCGCUCCCUGUUUACACAAUCCUCAUGGAUAAAUUUGCCGACGGCGAUCCAUCAAACAAUGACUUUUUCGGCACUAUGUUCGAAAACGACUGGCGGGAAACCCAACUGAGAUACGGCGGAGACUUGAGGGGCUUGGAGGCGCGCUUGGACUACUUGCAGGGCAUGGGCAUCAAGGUCAUCUUCAUUUCUGGCACUCCCUUCCUGAAUUUGCCCUGGCAAGCAGAUAGUUACUCUCCUUUGGACUUUACUGUUCUAGACCCUCAUUGGGGCACUAUUAGUGAAUGGCGGAGGGUCAUCGAUCAAAUACAUGCGCGUGGCAUGUAUGUUAUGGCCGAUUUUACAGUUGGCACCAUGGGUGAUCUGCUGGGGUUUGAAGGGUUUCUGAAUGUCAGCACUCCUUUCGACUUAAAUGAAUACCCGACUGUUUGGAAGAGCCCUCGGUACACGCCUUGGAAUUUCUCCAAAUAUCAGGAUUUCGAAAUCGGGAACCAGCGGGACCCUCAAUGCGUGCUCCCACAUUUCUGGCAGGAUGACGGCACUGUCGUUGAUAUCGAAACGAAUGGAUGCUUAGAUUCGGAUUUUGAUCAGUAUGGAGACAUGGAGGCUUUUGGUGUCCAUCCGGAUUGGCAACGGCAGCUCGCGAAAUUUGCUUCAGUGCAGGAUCGACUACGAGAAUGGAAGCCAGAAGUGAUGGCCAAGCUCAAAGUGUUCUCGUGCAUGGCAAUCAAGACCCUUGACAUCGACGCUAUCCGUAUCGACAAAGCGACGCAGGUUACUCUCGACGCAUUGGCGGAAUGGGCAUCUAGCGCCCGGGCGUGUGCAGCAGAGCUGGGUAAGAAAAAUUUCUUCAUACCAGGUGAAGUUACUGGUGGCGAUCGAUUUGGUUCCCUCUACCUUGGUCGUGGACGAACACCAACGCAAUUACCACCGGGCUUCCUGGCCGCCGCAAAUGUCACGCAGGAUAUGAAUCAGUUCUUCCUUCGCCCCCAUCCUAAGAACGCGUUGGACUCUGUGGCUUUCCAUUACUCCAUCUAUCGUGCAUUAACUCGUUUCCUCGGCAUGGAUGGUAACCUCCAAGUCGCAUACGAUGUCGACGUCAAUUUCGUCACUGCUUGGAAUCAGAUGUUCGUAAACAACGAUUUCCUCAACCCUUCUACUGGGCAAAUCGACCCUCGACACAUGUUCGGCACCAGUAACUUCGAUGUUUUCCGGUGGCCCAGUCUGGAAAAUGGCACUCAGAAGAGCGUAUUGGGGACCUUUAUCACUACUUUGGUGAUGCCUGGUAUUCCAUUACUUUACUAUGGCGAAGAGCAAAACUUCUACCUGUACGACUCGGGCGCCAGUAACUAUCUAUAUGGGCGCCAAGCCAUGACCAGUAACCUUGCAUGGCAACGCCACGGCUGCUACACCCUCGGAUCCGAACAGUACUUCAACUUCCCGCUCGACAAGUCUUUGAUCGGAUGUUACGACGACUGGAAUUCACUUGACCACUUCGACCCUACAGCUGAUGCUCGCCGCACCUUCACCCAGUUCCAUCAUCUCCGACAAGUAUAUGGAGCACUGCAGGAUGGGUUUAACCUAGUCCAACGUGGUAAUUGGACCUACCUGAUUGAACGCGAGGGAUCCAAUCAUACGGCCACGGAAAUGGGGCUCUGGUCAGUCUCAAGGGCUGGGAUCGCUGGUGUUCAGUCCCUCGGCGGCCAGUUUCAAGACCAGGUCUGGCUACUCUAUACGAACGAGAACAAGACGAUGGACUACGAUUUCCCCUGUAAAGAGAGCUUGUGGAUAUCCUCACCUUAUGAAUCCGGCACCACCGUCAAAAACUUGUUUGCUCCAUACGAGUCGUAUACGCUGGAAGACUCCUUGACUUCGUUCCACAAUGACAGUCAAGCCCCCUGGCAGGGUUGUUUGUCGCAUUUGACAAUGGAGCCAUACGCUUUCAAAGUCCUUGUGCCCGAGAACAUAUGGACAGCACCACUCCCUCAGCUAACCAAGUUCGUCCCGGGACACGACCAUCGCAUUUUGGUUACCAAGGACCAGGCAAACGCGACGACUAUUGAUAUCAGCCUGGAGUUCAGUAUCGAGAUGAACUGUGACAGCGUACAGCAGAGCAUGUCGUUCAAUAUGUCGUCAUCUGGCAAGGGAGGCACACCUCGCUUAGUGGACAGCUCUAUCAAAUGUGCCAAGAUGCAAGGAGAACGGCCCAAGAUUCCCGGUUUGCCGUCCUCAGCAUGGGCAUUCACCGCCACGUUGGAGAACGUUCCCGAUGGUGUCCUCACCAUCAAUUUGGACAACCCUACGGUACAGGGUGGCAACCAAACUACGGGGGCUAUCGACCAUUUGAUGUUGAGGAAAGGUCUGACCGAUAACGUCGUCGUGUUUCCUCGGAACGAAUAUGACCGCUCGUCGUUCACUCUCUCUGAUGGGAAAUACAUAUUCGAGCACAAGGCGUUUGGAGCUGACAUGUUCAGGUACUCGUGGAACUUUGGGAAGAAUUGGACAACCUGGGCAGACUGGGAAGACAAGACUACUAUCGAUCAGGGGGUCUUCCAGAAUGCGGAUAAUUGGUGGUCGGGUGCACAUAUCGUUGUUCAAUACUGGAGCCGUGCAACGCUCUCGACUGCCGCUGUUGUUCAUGCUGACGUUGGGUAUUCUGGCCACGACCGACGCGUCCCUCAGCUUUUAGCUCGCGGUCCCUUCAACAACUGGGGUUUCGACAAGGGCAUCCCUGCGGAAAUGACACAAAACAGCGACGGCAAGUGGGAACUGGAAAUCAUGGCCAGCUGGCCGACCUAUGUUCAGCUGAAUGUCUGGGGCUACGACGAUUACUACUACGGUGACACUGACGGAGACGGCAUUCUGGACCGCUUGCCCCCUAAUACUGCGGCACCCAACUAUCUCAACAUGUCUGCUCCUCCGAGUCCUCAUCUUGCGUGGUCGCUGUUGGUUGACGAUGCCACUAUGACUUGGACGCUCGAACCUCGUGGUCAAGCCUCUGUCGGUGCCAUCAUGUAUGCGCUGCUUCUCUCCAUCCCGCUUAUCACCGGUACGCUGGCUGUGGUCUUGUUCAUGUGGACGUUCUACGGAGUCAAGUACAAUCAAUUUGGUGUCAAAGCUAAAAGCCAGCACUCCAACUACUUGCCUAUUUUCGGCGCCUUCGGAAACAAGUCCACUACUGAUCUUAAGGACGCGACACCUUUCUCCGAGAAGUUCUUUGGCCACAAGCAAAAUACGGAUAUCAUCGGAUGGCCUGAGGACAAAACUAAGCGCCGCAAAGUGCUCAUCGCGACACUCGAAUACGAGAUCAUAGACUGGAAGUUGAAAGUCAAAAUCGGUGGCUUGGGUGUGAUGUCGAGUUUGAUGGGCAAGGCUAUGACGGAUGUGGACCUCGUUUGGGUCAUUCCCAAAGUCAAAGAUCUCGAUUAUCCCUCAGGCGAACCUGCAGAACCUAUCGAGGUCACCAUCUUCGGCGAACCCUAUCUGAUCGAGGUAGAAACUCACGUCCUCGAUAACAUCACCUAUGUCAUCCUCGACUCUCCAGUUUUCCGCGCUCAGACUAAAUCAGACCCUUACCCUGCUCGUAUGGAUGACCUCAGCUCUGCAAUUUUCUAUUCCACCUGGAAUCAAGCCAUCGCAGCAACCAUCCAACGUCAGCCUACGGUCGACAUCUAUCACAUCAACGACUACCAUGGCGCCUUGGCUCCCAUUUACCUCCUGCCAAAAGUGAUCCCAGUGUGCCUGUCCCUGCACAACGCCGAAUUCCAGGGAUUGUGGCCUCUCCGAACCAAGGAGGAAAUGAAAGAGGUCUGCUCGGCUUUCAAUAUCAGCAAAGAGCACUGCACCAAAUAUGUCCAAUUCGGAAACACAUUCAACUUGCUACAUGCUGCCGCGUCCUUCAUUAGCACACAUCAGAAGAGUAUUGGUGUUGCUGGUGUCUCUGACAAGUACGGAAAGCGAAGUUGGGCGAGAUAUCCUGCACUAUGGACCCUGAAGCACGUGGACUCCUUGCCAAACCCCGAUCCUACAGAUAUCGCAGCCCUGGAUGAGAUACCAAUCAAAGCGCGCGACGUCCAGAUAGAUGCUGAGGCUGAGGCGGCCCGACCGGAGCUGAAGCGUCAGGCGCAGGAAUGGGCAGGCAUCAAGCAGGACCCCGACUCCGAUCUCUUCGUCUUCGUCGGUCGCUGGUCCAAACAAAAGGGUGUCGAUCUUAUAGCUGAUGUUAUGCCUUCUUUGCUGGAGAAACGACCGUCAAUCCAAUUGAUUGCUGUCGGGCCCGUCAUCGAUCUUUAUGGUCGGUUUGCUGCUGAAAAACUCGCCAGGCUGAUGGAAAUGUACCCGGAACGAGUAUACUCCAAGCCAGAAUUCACAGCGCUUCCCCCGUAUCUUUUCAGUGGCGCGGAUUUUGCUUUGAUUCCUUCUAGAGAUGAACCCUUUGGUCUGGUCGCUGUUGAAUUCGGUCGUAAAGGUGCUCUCGGUGUUGGCAGUAGACUUGGUGGUUUGGGACUCAUGCCUGGCUGGUGGUAUCCAGUUGAAUCGAGCGCAACAGCCCACAUGCUGUCACAGCUCACGAAGACUAUCAAAAUGGCGCUGAAGUCGACGGAGGAGGAACGUGCCAUCCUUCGUGCACGGUCAGCUGUCCAACGAUUCCCCGUCGUCGAGUGGCGUCAGAGAAUGGAAGACUUCCACAAGCGUAGCAUCACCAUGAGUCGCAACAUCGCCGGACCAAACGCUUGGCGAGAGUCUGAUUGUGAAGAUCAGAAUGCAUUCGCCGCCAAUAACAACUCGGACGACUGGAGUUCCAUCAACCCGCCACCUUCGCAUCAGGACUGGGACGCUCAAAGUACUGCUGAGAGUCGGGUAAACACUCCGGGCUCUCCAGGGCAAUGGAGUCAAGAUAACCUAUCUCAGGCCGACCACCUGAUGGCUCCCUCUCUUCUCGCCAAUGGAUCUAGGAAAGGCUCAUUUGAGACCGAUACGUCUAACGAGGAUUAUUUCUCACAUUCCCGAGCGGCAAGUUCUGCCAACGAGACUCCGCAGGCAUACGAAGACUUUUUGGAGAGAGCCAAUCGCGCUAUUGCUCGUGAACAGAAAGGCGUUCCAGAUCCAUUCGUUGACGCCACUCUUAUGCCCAAUCGACCUUUCGGCGCACAUUCUCGUGCUCAUUCCUCUGAAUCCAUUGCGUCUAUCGUAGACGAGAAGUCCAACUCUCCUUUGAAUAAAGCUAUAGCUUCGUUCACUGACGCAGACGGCGGUGUUGCCACUAAAUUCGUGCAAAAGCUACAAGCCUUAAACGCUAAGAAUUCUGAGCACGAACUGUCCAUCGAGAAAUUCCUUGUCAAGAGCGAAGAAGCGUUUUUUGGAAGGGUGCGCAAGGAGAAGCUUUCAAGUGCUGCCAGCAUUAUCUCGCAUCGCGAUUCUGUUGUCGGGACUAUGGCAUCAUCAUACUACGGUCGCCCUGAUUCACCUAAUACGCCAGGCUUUCCUAGCUCGUCUGACUUCGAUGCCCCGCCUUUCAGCCAUCCUCCGGAUGUAGUCGUUAUGACAAGAUUGCAAAUCCUCAUGGCGAGAGAAGUUGCGGGAUGGCCACUCUACACCAUUGUCAUUGCUCUUGGCCAAAUGUUAAGCGCCACAAGUUUCCAAAUCACAUUGUUAUCUGGUCGAAACUGGCAAGACGAUGUUCAACUUUACGUCCUGGGUGGUGUCUUUCUAGCUGCAUCAGCCGUUUGGUAUCCCCUCUUCCGUCUUAAACCUUCGGUUUAUGUCCUAUCGGCUCCCUGGGUAUUUUUCGGUAUUGCGUUCUUUUUAAUUGGUCUUCCCUCUGUCGCUUCCGCUCUUGCACCUGCCCACUAUGCGCUUUCGAACGUUGCAACGUGGUCCUAUGCCGUGGCAUCUGCUGCGGCCUUCCUUUUCUUCGGUCUCAACUUUGGAGAGGAAGCGGGUGCCGCCACGGAAGUCUGGACCCUUCGCGCCUGUGUCGUUCAAGGUUCUCAGCAAAUCUGGGUCACCGCAUUGUGGUAUUGGGGCAACACUCUGAACGGCACUAAGGAUGAUGUGUUGCCGCCGUGGUGGAUCGUAUUGAUUGUGUGGCCAUUGGCCAUCAUGAGCUUCGCCUUUGCGUAUCUCAUGCUCUAUGGGCUUCCAGAAUACUACCGACAAACACCACCAAAGGUUCCACACUUCUUGAAGACACUUUUCAGGCGAAAGCUGGUGUUGUGGUUCUUGGCAUCGGAACUCUUACGCGACUACUGGCUGAGUGGGCCUUACGGCCGCAACUGGAGUUUCCUUUGGGCUGUGCCGAUACCUAAAUGGCAGAUUCUACUACUCGUCAUCGUCUUCUUCAUCGGAGUCUGGGGAGCAUUGAUGUUGGUGCUUACACACUUCAGCAAAACACACACGUGGUUACUUCCAGUAUUCGCCGUUGGGCUCGGCGCACCAAGGUGGUGCCAGAUGCUCUGGGGAACCUCUUCCCUUGCCCUAUACAUUCCAUGGGCUGGUAGUGGCGGCCCAUAUCUUGGUGUCUCACUUUGGCUUUGGCUGGGUGUCUUGGAUGCCAUCCAGGGCGUCGGGCUCGGCAUGAUUCUUCUCCAGACACUGUCACGGUUACACGUUUGCGCAACUCUGGCAUUCUCACAAAUCAUUGGCUCCAUCUGUGUCAUGGUUGCAAGAGCCACUGCUCCGAAUCGAAUAGGUCCAGGCAGCGUAUUCCCUGACGCGGCCAAAUGGGACUUCGAGGAUGGUCUCAAGGGGAGUCCCAUGGCAGCGCCUCUGUUUUGGCUGGCAUUGGCAUCACAAUUGGUCAUCGUUCUUGGUUACUUCUGGUUCUAUAGAAAAGAACAAUUAGCUCGCCCAUAA